AUUUGGCUUCAGCCUCGAGACAACCUCAGCCUUUCUUACCUCAGUCAACAUUUAACUUCAUUUUCAGCCUUUUCACUUAAACUUUGGGCCAUUUUGCGGACCAGGUAAAAACUAUAACUGAAUCAUUAUAUAUAUUGACUCAUCGUGCUUCUUAUUCUGAUGUAAAAACUUCACUUCCAACUGUUGUUUUUUUUGGAGUAUUCUUUCUUGAUACCCCGUACUACCGCCGAUGACAUCGGAAAAGAUGCCGCUUAUCCUGGAUAACCCGAUGCCAGUGGAACUCAACGACGUAGAUGACCUUUUUGGCGAUGGCGUUGGUCUGUCUUUGCCCGCGAGGGCGCAGAGUAAACAGCUUCAACAAAGAAUGGACGAUGUCAGGAUUCGCGGAUGUUGCCAAACUGUGGCGUGGUCAAGGACAGGAACGAUCGCCAACAUCACACCUGAUGGUCAGAACCUUGAACUUCGCUUUCUGCGACGCUCCCCAGAAGAUGGCUCCUGGGACCUCAGUGAACCCACCACGUGCCCCUUUGUCAAGGGGCUCCCAACCAUUCCCAUCGUUCACUUGGUAUGGGCUGGUACCAGCAGCCCAGAUCUAGCGGUAAUAGAUGCCGUUGGUCGCGUCUCUAUCGUCAGCUUCUCUAUCUCACUAAAUCACCCGUUCCCUCAACGGAAAUGGGACGCUGACCCCACUGACGAUGUGCACACUGUCGUCGGUGCUUACUGGCUUAAUGUUUCUCCUCCAAAUCAGCAGGCAUCAUACAAUGUCAUGUAUGGACCAGCUACAAAACAUGGCAAUGGGUAUACUUAUGAAAGCUCAUUCGUUCAUGCUGGAGGACCAACCCAUCCCAGCCCUGCCAAGAGUGCUCUGCUUACUAUCACAACGCAUGGUGUCAUUAGGAUGUUUUGGUCACAGAAUACCAAUCGACUUGAGGAGACCACCAUGGAACUUGAAAGUAUAAGUGCUUCUGAUGAGCUCAUUACACAUGCAUCGUUUGCAUCCGAAAAGAAACAUCUCCUUCUUGCGGUUGCUACAACCUCAAAGCAGCUGAAACUAAUCAAAAUCGAGAUUCAAUGGGGCCAGGCAUCACAAGCGGACAAGGCGACUGGCCGACCCGCAGGAAACCUGAGCCCUUCCCUGGUUGAGAAACAUCUGGCCACCACAAACUGGCUUCAAGGUGGCCCUGGUGAUUCGAGCCUCGACAUAUCCAUGAUCGAGCUCUCUCACUUGGAAGUUCUUCCUUCUGUGGUUGAUAGCACGGGUAAAAACACCACACCACCCAUGGUUGUCACGGCACGGUCACGCACUCCUACUGAGAGCUCGUAUCAGGGGAGUCAGAGUGUUGUUGAUCGAUGGGAAGCUAUCGAGCAAAAGCAGAAUCUGCCAUCAGCCUAUGAGCAGCUUGGAGGUCGACGAAACAGCAUCUCUUCAGAGCUACCCGCGGUGACACAGCUGCAGAAGGUUGCUCCCGUCACGGCCAAUAAAGUUGUGGUUGCGUUCCAAACUACCAGUUUUGGCAAAAUCCUAGUACUGGCUUUCGCAGAUGGCACUGUAGAAUACCGUGACCGACUGACGUUCGAGGAACUAUAUACAACUCAGGAGUUGAAUAAGGUGCAGAACCUUCGACAAAUAGGCUGGACUUUCACAGAUGAAGGGCCAUGCCAGCAAGUUGCAUUCUCCCCUACUUUUUGCUCCAUGGUGCAAAUGGGCGAAGAUGGAAAGAUCAAGUGGAACAAAUUACAUUACCCUAUGGGCGAUAUCGGAAAUUCUAUGCACGAUGCUCAAUACUGUGGCAGCAUUGCGGCCUUGACCGUGACCGCAGCACCGUCAAUGUUCUACCAGAACAACUAUGAUGAUCUACUUGCUAUUGUACGACCAUAUACUACCAAGAAGAGAUUCGUCCAAGAUUUGGUGACCGAACUUAUCAGAAUUCUGAAGAUCCAGAUCGAUUACUCUGAAGAGAUCCAUCAUGACUCACUUGUCAGAAAUGGAUCUCUGCAGUACUGCCUCAGUAUAAUGAACGCACUCGGAUUCCGUGGAGACUUUCACCCCCGAUCUUUCCAGGGCAAAUUCUCGAUGCUAUUUCUGAAUGUGCGGAACGUAGUCGUCCUCGUCACAAUUGCCAGUAAUACACCAGUUACUGUCAGGGAAAAGCUGAGCCCCCUUGAUGAUCCUGAAGUCAUUGAGACACUUGUCGGCUGUGCAAGGUGGGCGCUGGAUCUGAUCGCUUGGCUCAUGGAUUGUCUUUUCGAGCUUAUGAAUGACAAUCAUUUCCAAGAGCUCUUGACUCGUGAACGUUUCCAUGAACUCGCUCCUUAUCUUCACGAGAAGAACAAUGUCGCUUUCCAUUUCUUGAUGAGCUCCUCUAGUCGAGGAUUUCUCUCGGCCAUUUGCCGCAGACUGGCGCACCUUGAGGCCCUAAGCGGCAGGGCUAUCGAGUUCUAUCGAAAGCAAUCGGCUGUUGUCGAGGGUGUGGCCGGCGGUCGAGCAGCCCCUCAACUACAACAAGCAUACCAGGCAAUGCAACAAGUUACCUCUUCAGCUCUCGUCAAAGUGUCUGAGGUCGAGACUCUUCUCACAGGUCUGAGUAACGAGAUCCGACAAGCCUAUCAAAUCUUCCUUCCAUCCCUCGCCAAAAGCCAAAAUAACCAGUCGCAGGGGAAGCAGCUGGAUAUGACGAUGAAGGCAGCCCGCGUUCAGAUGGAGCUCUCCAUUCUCCUUUCAGCUGCGCCCCCUGCACCAUUUCUCCAGAUCAUCAAGAAGUUCUUCAACACAGACUUGCCCGCGUUUCGGAACACUGUAGAUCCAGGUCGGUUGUUCUUUGCAAAUUACGAUCUUCUCGAAGUCGAGGAUGACGAACAUAGCUUGGCGGCGAAGAAGGCACGGGGCAUGGUGUAUGUGGAUGUGUUCAAGCGCAUGCAGAUCAGACCCUCCCCGAAUAAGCAGUGGAGACGGUGCUCGAGAUGUACUGCGGUUAUGGAGGAUGUGUUUGGGAGUCGUUCUGGGUUUACAUUUGUUCUGGGUCAACAACGUAAGUGCUCGUGUGGAGGGCAAUGGACUUUGCUUCCCAAGGGACACGUUGCGUGAGAUCUUGAAGUUUGGGAGGCGUAUAUUUGGGUCAUGGGAUUAAAUGCAUGGGAUUGAAGUGGCAUAAUAAGUUACUAGUAGUGUUACAACAAGUAAAUACAAUAAUCGUAUUUUCCCAU